AAAGUUCAAUUCAACCGUUACAAGUGCAUUUCACAACAAAAACAGCUACAUAAAGAAAAGGAAAGCCAAGUGCGUGGCGUGCGAGGCGCUUUCGGCCUCGAGAUGGCCGCCGAAAACUAUCACCUCAAGUGGGACUCGCAUCUCUCCUACUUGAACACUUCCAUUGCCACGCUUUACAAGAAUGAAAAGUUUGCCGAUGUGGUGCUGUAUAGUAGCUACACGAGCAGCAGCAUCAACUCGGACAUACCGACGGUGGGCAUCUCCGCGCACAAGUUUAUACUGAGCUCCUGCAGUCAGUUCUUUGCGACGAUGUUUGAAACGGCGCCUAUUACCUCGCCCAACGGCGUCAUAUACGUUGUGCUUCCGCCCGAUCUGAGCCAUCGGGCCAUACAAAUCCUGGUGCAGUACAUGUACAGCGGCGAGGCCACCGUCUCCAACGACAUCCUCAACGAGGUGCUGCGGGGCGGCGAGAUUCUGAAGAUUCGCGGCCUCUGCCGUUCCAGCGCUUCCAACAGCAGCAGCACCACAGUCACAUCCUCGCACCAUCACCCACAUGGCGGACAUCUGCAUCAGCGGGAGACAUCAGCCAGCGCCAUGUAUGUGUCGAAUGGCUCGCGCUCGACGCUGCCGCCACCACCGCCCAUGUCCACACAGCUGCUGGGCGACAUUUACAGCAGCAAGCCGAGCAGCAGCAGCAGCAGCACUGGCGCCGGCAGAUAUGCAUUGGAACAGCCACAGCCACAGCAUCAGCAUCACAAUCAUCAUCAUCAUUCCCAACAGCAUCAGCAAUUCCGUGGCCUCGGCGCUUCCGUCAUGCCAAAGGACAGUCCCGUGAUUGUCAAGUCCCCAAAAAUGGCCGCACACACGGGUCUGCUGAGCGUGGCCAGCAGCAGCAAGCUGGGCAUAUCCGUGAACAAGGAGGUGGCCAUCGAUCCCGAGGACAAGUGCUGCUAUGCAGCAGCCAGCAGUCAAGUGGAGCCACAGCCGCCGCCUUCGUCUACGACCGCUGGAGCUGUGGCAGUAGCCAUAGGAGCUGCGCCACCGCCAGCCAUGUCCAUAUGCACAGAAGUGGGCUGCAGCAGCUGUCCGCUGACAGUGGGCACAGCCACCGAGCCGGCGGAGACCACACUGCGUCGGCCAGAGUACGAGGAGCAGGCGCUCUGUGAGCGUGAGGAUGUGGGUCUGGUCUACGAGCGUCGCCUGCGUCGUGAGAGUGCAUGCGAGAGAGCUCACGAGUACUACGAGGCACCGCUGCACUUUGCCACACCACCGCCACCGCCACAUCCGCACAGUUUUCUCAGCAUCAAGCAGGAGCCCAGUGACUGGUCGAACAACCCACCAACAGCGGCCAAUGUCAGCAACAACAAUCACGACGGACACUCGCAUCUGUCGCCCAAGCAGCCGCUGGACUUUAAGAUGAGCGCCGUCAAGCUGGAGCUGAAUCGCGACCGAGGCACGCCGCACGAGGAGUCCGAGGAGCACACGCUGCGCGACUACAACAACUUCAAGCAGCUGCUCGUGUGCGAGAUAUGCCAGAAGUCGUUCGAGGACACCAAGACGCUGGUGCGUCACCUGGGCACACAUGCCAACGAGCCGGGAACGGGCACCAAUCUGAUGGCGGCCAGUGCCAGUGCCAGCGGCAGUGCAACGACAACUUCCAGCAACACAAAUCUAGCGAUGCGUGCGCUUAAAACCUAUGUGCCAAAGAAGCGACGCAGAGUUUCGCAACAGGAGAAUAAUAUGGAUCAUGAUCAUGUCACGCUGCUCUGUGAUUUGUGCUCCACUUCCUUUGAGACGCCUGCGGAGUGGGUGCGUCAUAUGAACAGUCAGCACACGGAAAUCGAGCUGGCCAUGUUCAACAGCAAGAAGGAUGGCGAGCAGAAGGGCCAUCAGCAGCAACAACAGCAGCAGGUGUCCAACAGUAGCAGCAGCAGCAACGCUGGCAGCAGCUCUUCCACAGUGUCCACCAGCCAAAUGCAGCCAAAGUUCCAUUCCAGCUCGACACGAACGACGCUAAUGCAGCAGUCUUCAUCAUCCUCCCAAACACAGCCACCGAUUCUGAACAAAAGGAGCAACGUUGCGGCGGCCACAGCUGCUACAGCAUCACCCACGGGCCUGUCCUCGUCGCAUGGCUAAGGCAACUUCUUUCAUCAAAAUACCAUUUUUGUUCGAUAAAUUCAAGUCGUUCCAGUAAUCAAAAAAGGGAUAUAUAUUAUGUAUAAUGAAACAGCAAGAACCGUGAUCAAAUCGCAACAAGUUUGCAUAUUUUAUAGAGCAACAAACAAAAUACAAAAAAGAAAACAAAACGAA